UCCGUCACAUUUUAAUUCGACGGUCUAUCGAGAAUCAGUCGGUGAUUUGUAAAGCGCAUGAAAAAUAGUAAAGAAUCAUAACUUAUACUGCACAACCGUGUUUUGUAAUCGCGUGUGUUGGUUUCACUAAUAAAUAAAUUAAAAGGAAUGGCAACGCUCAUGAGCUCAUAAAGGCAUAAACAACAUUUUUCGCAGAAAUCCAUAUAAAUUAUUGUCAAAACGUAUCGGCAACUCGGCGAGACAGCAAACAAAACACAAAUACAAACAUGAAAUUCUAACAAGAAAUUUAUAAGAAAACUGCACAAAAUUGAUUUGUGCACAACAGCGAUCAAAUAGGAUUAAAAAAUACAAAAUCAACAAAUGUAAAAAAAUAAAAUUUCGAAAAAAAAACGAAUGUGUCAGCUCUAGCAAUUAGAGUUAAACGCUAAUUAGAUUUGUAAGGCGAAGAAGCUAGAGUUUGUAGACACAUACAUACCCACACAGUGAGGCGAAUGUGACGUGAUUUCUUCGUUUGGGCAGCAAACAAAAAUUUAUCAGCAGGCACAAAUUUAAAUAUACCAUUAGAAAUAUAUUUCAAAGACGACAUUUUUGUUUAAGCAAAAGAAAGAAGAAACAUACAAAUUACAAUAAUUCAAAAAGUCAACAGCACUAACGCACGUAAGCCUAUUAAGCAGCACGUAACGAACGCACCAGAGAACCCAAAACUAGUAAAUAGGAACAAAUUCAAAAAACCAUAAAUAUACAUAUACCUCUUUAUGUGUGUAUAUGUAGAACAACGCCAGAAUAUCUUAACUGCAAGCACUUGAAACUUAAGCGAAAAUAACUUAAAUACAGCACUAACUCAAUUUACAUACAAAUACAAAAUAUUAUAAAUAACCUAAGUAAGCAAGUGAACAAAUUGCUAACAGCAUUUGGGCGCAUAACAAAGUGCGCUCCUUCAUAAACACCAUAAACACCAACACCAACAACACACAUCCGUCUCAGCAGAAGCAGCAGCAAUAAUAACAAAAGCAAAAAAUCAAAAAAAAUAAUAUUUAUUAGUAAAUAUUUAAGCAAACUCGUCGUAGAGCAAUCGCAACAACAAUAGCAUACACAGUAAAAGUGUAAAACAGCAACAACAAUAGCAACAACAGUAGUAGUAGCAGCAACAGCAGCGCCGCAGCAACAUUAUGAACUCGAGCACAAAGCAUCUGUUGCACUGCACACUCCUUUUAAUUGUGAUAAUAACAUUUGAAGUAUUCUCCGGUGGCAUAAAAAUCGACGAGAACUCAUUUACACUCGUCGAUCCAUGGACUGAGUACGGCCAAGUAGCCACUAUACUAUUGUACUUACUACGUUUUCUAACUUUCCUCACACUGCCGCAAGUGUUAUUCAACUUUUGCGGCCUGGUCUUCUAUAAUGCCUUCCCCGAGAAGGUGGUGCUUAAGGGCAGUCCCAUAUUGGCGCCAUUCAUAUGCAUACGUGUGGUGACACGUGGUGAUUUUGCCGAUUUGGUCAAGACCAAUGUGUUGCGCAACAUGAAUACCUGCCUGGAUACGGGUCUGGAGAAUUUCCUUAUCGAGGUGGUCACCGACAAGCCAGUGAAUUUGGCACAGCAUCGUCGCAUACGUGAAAUAGUCGUGCCGAAGGAGUAUAAGACACGUACCGGCGCGUUGUUUAAGUCACGCGCUCUGCAAUAUUGUCUGGAGAAUGAUGUGAAUGUGUUGAAUGACAGCGAUUGGGUGGUACAUUUGGAUGAGGAGACUUUGCUGACGGAGAAUUCGGUGCGUGGCAUUAUUAAUUUCGUUUUGGAUGGCAAACAUCCAUUCGGUCAGGGUCUCAUCACGUAUGCCAAUGAGAAUGUGGUGAAUUGGUUGACCACAUUGGCGGAUAGUUUCCGAGUGUCGGACGAUAUGGGGAAGCUGCGUUUGCAGUUCAAAUUGUUUCACAAACCGCUUUUCAGCUGGAAGGGCAGUUAUGUUGUCACGCAGGUUGGCGCCGAACGUCAGGUGUCCUUCGACAACGGCAUCGAUGGCUCUGUGGCCGAGGAUUGUUUCUUUGCAAUGCGCGCCUUCUCGCAGGGUUACACCUUCAAUUUCAUCGAAGGUGAAAUGUAUGAGAAGUCACCAUUCACACUGCUCGAUUUCCUGCAACAACGCAAACGCUGGCUCCAAGGCAUACUGCUCGUCGUGCACUCGAAAAUCAUACCGCUAAAGCAUAAACUGCUGCUCGGCAUCAGCGUCUACUCAUGGGUCACCAUGCCCCUAUCCACAUCGAAUAUUAUUUUUGCCGGCCUCUAUCCGAUACCAUGCCCGAAUUUAGUGGAUUUCGUUUGUGCUUUCAUAGCCGCUGUCAACAUUUACAUGUAUGUCUUUGGUGUGAUCAAAUCCUUCUCGCUGUAUCGUUUUGGUUUGCUGAAAUUUAUGGCCUGUGUGCUGGGCGCCGUUUGCACCAUACCGGUGAAUGUGGUUAUUGAAAAUAUCGCUGUCAUUUGGGGACUAUUCGGCAAAAAGCAUAAAUUCUAUGUGGUGCAAAAGGAUGUGCGCGCCAUGGAAACUGUGUGAGCGGCAUGUCACGUACAUAAUAUUUAAUUAUGGAACAUUUUUUUUGGCUAGCGCUGUUCAAGCCGCCAUGUAUAAGCAUGUAAUGUAUGUGCUCUCCAGGGCUUACACCCUAAAAAAUCAACUACCAAAAAAACAAAAACAAAUACAAACAAUUUUUGUGGUGCGAUACUCACUAAGCCUAUGCGUCCUUUGUCACCGCCAUUGCUCAGCCAACGCCCAAUUAGUCAAUGCCACACAUCGCCUGGACACUCUGUCGUUUGCUAUUGCUGCUACCGCAAAGCUAUCUAACGCGCACUAUUCACCUUUUGUUAUAAACCUAAUUAAUACUUAAACAAAUGAGAAAUCACGCACAUACGCGCCUCGAUACACGUACACCACCACGCACACCAACAACAAACAAACCCAACACCCCACACCAAACAACAUGUAAAACAACAGCACAAAUCCAUUUACACGAUUAGUUCACUAACACACACAUGUAGCAUAAAUAUCAUGAUAGUUUAUAUAUAUUUUACAACAGUAAUUAGUUUUAGAUUUGUUUAAUAUUAUUAUUAUUAUUAUUGUAUAUUAUAGUAAACGGUUAUUACAGACAAAAAUAAUGUAAUGAUGUUGAUGCCGUUAUUGCUGAUUAGAGAAUUCAAAUUUUGUUGAACAAUUCAUGCAAGCGAGCGCUAAGUAUUUAAAUAUUAAUUACCUACCUAUCUACAUGUAUAUGUAAACAAAUUGCACAUACAUAAGGAGACUUGCAACAAAUAUUUUGUAUAAUUAUGAAAAACACUCAUGUAUAAAUAGCAGCAGAAAAUAAAAACUAUUUAAUUAGUACUAGUUGCGUUCAAACUAAUCUAAUUGUAAACUAACCUAAAAAAAAUGGUGCCGUCAGUUAAUAAAGAAAUAAGUGUGAAAACACCAUUAAUGCGCGCAUAAGUCACAUAAAUUGUUUUUAUGUUAAAUGUGUCUGACUCAAAACACAAGCAUAUCGCGCACAUUUCCUUACAUGCAUAAAUUUAUUUAAUAUUUACAAAAAAAAAAAAUAUUUAAUUCACUCCACAUGUGAUUUGAGUAAUUAAU